AUGGGGUGGUGGAAGGCAGAUCCAGUGCCAGCAGCACCGACAGCACAAGCAUCAUCACAACCACCUCCACCAGCACCAGGUGCCCGACCUACACCACCAGCACAAACAUCACCCUCCGAGUCCUCAUGUCCGGUCGACCCCAAGACAAGAUCAUUAUGGCUGCAACAAGCAGCCGCCUCAAAAGCCUCACAAUCUGCCGCAACGACACCUCCGCCCCCUCCGCCCCUCCCAUCAAACCACCCUUCCCUGCCAUCUACCACAACCGCCACCCUCGCCUCAAAAGAAUGCUCCUCAACCCGCAUAACCGGCCAGUCCGCCUCCCCACCACCUCGUCCGGCGCACACUCCGACCCCAACCGGACGGCCACUCUCUCAAGACCGAGAAGUCAGCACCAUACCGCGCGCACAAUUACGUAGCACGACCUCUACCUCCCCAGCCAACGCCGAAACCGAAACCGGUCCCCACCCCUCCGGCAACUGGAUCUACCCCUCCGAAUCCCAAUUCUACACCGCCGUGAUGCAGAAACAGACCACCUCAGACCCUCACGCCUUGGCCACAUCCAUUGGCGCGAUCAUACCAAUCCACAACGCCGUCAACGAGCGUGCUUGGUCCCUCAUCCGCUCCUGGGAGGCUCCUCCAGCGACAGCUGUGGCGGGCCGAAACUAG